AUGACGAUUUCCAGAUCGCAGGCGCUGGCCAAUGAAAUGCAGAUCCGACGCCCACGGCGGAGCUCUCAAAGCCCGGAAGAUGUGGUGCGCAUGCUGCUCCUGGCAGCGCCAGACGCGGGCCGCCCACCCCCGGAGAUUGUGGGUGCGGCGUUGAAGGCCGCUGGAGUGCAAAUCAAUGAUGAGUUGCUUGACAUCAAAGAGGCAGCCGGUGCCCGAGGUGGCACUCCCAGUCGAGAGGAUGUGGUCCGGGCUCGUUCUGGCGCACACGACUACAAGCUUGGCCCUCCCAGGGACUCUGAGGGAAGCAGCGGCUCAGAGGACAACUCAUCGCGAGAACCUCAAGCCUGCAGGAAAUCAAGUACCAUGCUCCAGCCCUUGCCUUAG